ACAGCAGCUGUAGCUUGUUCAUUUACUGCCACGAAAUCCCCACUGCUUACAUGUUGAAACAGCAUGACACUCUCUCUGUAAAGCAUGCUAAACCACGUGAAGAAUUUGUGAAAAACAACAAAGUAAAUUGUUGUUAGCGCACCUGCUAGCAUUAAGCUAACAUCGCGGAAUAUGAGAGCGACCUGUUGUCUCAGCAGAUAUAUUUGGGUUAAACAUUUGCACAUCGCAGCUGCUGGCUCGGUCUCCUUGCGGUGUAACGGAGGACAUCAGAGCCCGAGAUGUUCAAUCCACACAUCCAUCAGCAGCAGCAGCAGCAGCAACAGCAGCAGCAACAGUUUCACCAGCACCUGCGGCAACUGCAGCAACUUUUCCAGCAGCAGCCUCCGCCUCCUCCACCGCCUCAGCCGCCUCCAGGGCACCAUGUCGGCCAUCACCACCACCAGGCGCAGCGAUCUAUUCCUGUUGGUGCCCAGAGCGCCCCUCCUCCCAGGAUGGUAAACCUUUGCCAGGCAACCCAGACUACCAUCCUUGCCCCAAAUCCCAUGCUGCAGGGGGCCCUACUGAUGCAACAGAUGCAGGGUAACAUGAGGGGCUUUAGGAUGGGUGGACAGCAGUUCCGUCAAUUCUUCACUGCAGGGUCCAGGUCGUCUCUGCUCGGGCCAGUUCCCAUGGGGAUGGCCAUGAAGUCCCCCAUGAUGGGUUACCCAGCCGGUCGACAGUUCCACCCGCACGCUCGCUACUACAACAACAACAACCACACCACCACCAGCGCAGCCUCUUCCUCCGCCUCCACCUCUUCCAUCACUUCCGCAGACACUGCAGCUCGCCAGCCAGACAGGAAGAGGGACAGCGAGCAGAUGGCAGCAGGGAGCACAGACGACCAACCAGCAGCUAGCAGUACCAAUGAAGCUACUGACAAGACUGAAACAGAUGGUGCUGUAGGAGGAAUGGAUGAACCCACACAGCCCUCCGAGGAGCAACUUGAUGAACCUGUAGUCAAGAAGCAGAGGACUGAUGGGUCAGAGGAACCCAAAGAACAAUGUAUUGAUGAGACGGUCACCAUUGCAGAUACAGAUGGGGGAGUUCUGUCUUCAGAGUGUAACAGCAACACAGAGGACUGCCAGCCUGAUGACUGCAUCCUUCUGGAAGAAGGACGCUCCACAGGGGGAUCAGAUGUUGUCGAGGCACUGGAGGAGAGCAGAGCUGCUGAGGUGCACAGCUGCUUGUCUGCACUGUCCCCACCUGGCAGGCUGAGUGAAGAGGACCAGCAGGUUGAUUUACUCCCAGAGGAGAUGCCACAGAGCAAAGAUGCCCCUUUGGCUUCACCCAUGAACCAGGAGGAAGAAGAGGAGGGUGUAGCGGAUGGCAACAACAAGUUCUACUGCUAUCUGUGCAGCAUUACCUGCCACAACCAGCAAAACUUCAGGAGUCAUAUGAACAGUGUUUCCCACCAGCAGAGGAUGAUGGAGAUCCAACACAUGAGCAAUGCUUGUCUGGUCACCCUGCUGCCGCGAGUGCAGGAGUCUCUACAGGAAGCAAACAAAGAUGGAGAGAAGAGGUCAGACUCGAAGAACUGGUGUGCCGCCUGUCACACCCACUUCACCAGUAGCAUCACGGACCACCGUCACACCGAGGAGCACAAACUUGCCAGCAGAACAGCCAUCUCCUCCUGCUCAGUCUGCAAGAAACACUUCAGGACCUCCCUGAUUUUUGUAGAGCACUUGCAGUCCCAGGAGCACAGACAGAAAGUGGAGAAGCUCCAGGAACAGGAGGGCUGUGAGGCCUUAGGCAAGCUGACUGCCCUGGACACAGACGGCUUCUCAUUGGAAGAGUUGGAGGGCAGUGAGAUGGAGGAGGAAAGACUGAAGGAACAGGAUGACUGGUCCUGCCUUAAAGAAGUGGCUUUAAAGGACAUGGCCAGUGAUGAGCAGUAUGACUCUAACACAGUCUACGGGUCCAGUUUUUUUGUUCCAGUAGCAGGUUUUAUCUGCAGAAUCUGCAACAAGUUUUAUCACUUUGAAUCUUCUGCCCUACACGCCCACUGCAAAACAAUGAAGCACUUUGAGAACCUCAAGAAGUACAGAGAGUUGCUGAGUCAAAAGAGUGAAGCCGUUGAAUCUUCCAGAGAGUCUCCCCUACCAGCAGAGAGCCUCAGGCCUGCAGCAGAAACCCCCACAGACUGUUCGGUUGUAGAUUCCCUCACUGAUGACUCUGGUUUAGUGACAAACCUAAACUCAAUGCAGCCUAUCGUUACACUCAGCCGAGUGAACACGCAGACAGAAAACCAGCAACAGGAGGAACAAGCAGAACCUGACCAGAACUCACAGGACUUCGUCAGCACCUCACCGACCAGCGCAGGCAACACAGACCAAGAGCUCAGCCUCCACAGCAAGGAGGAAGAGAGCACAUCCCAGGCCUCUGUAGUUCUGGAGAGUCCAGCUGAACUGUCUGCUAGUAGCAGAGAAGAGUCAGAGUCAGAGCCAGCAACUGUUGUUGAGGACGCUCACGUAAAGGAGGAAGAGAGCACAUCCCAGGCCUCUGUAGUUCUGGAGAGUCCAGCUGAACUGUCUGCUGGUAGCAGAGAAGAGCCAGAGCCAGAGUCAGAGUCAGAGCCAGCAACUGUUGUUGAGGACGCUCACGUAAAGGAGGAAGAGAGCACAUCCCAGGCCUCUGUAGUUCUGGAGAGUCCAGCUGAGCUACCUGCUGGUAGCGGAGAAGAGCCAGAGCCAACAACAGCAGCUGUUGUUGAGGGUGCUCAUGUAGAGGAGGAAGAGGAGGAGGAGAAGGAAGCUCCCGUUGUCACAGGAAAAAAGAAGGCAAAAGCCACAUCCAAACGCAGGUCAGGGAGGGCCACAAACAGACGCUGAGUCAACGAUAAGAUGUGGAGAAAGUGGAAACCCUUAGGACAGGAUGUGUCAAUAUUUAAAGAGGUGCUUUCAUUAAACCGAGACCAAGAAGUAGACAGCCCUGCCUCUCUCCAUGGUGGAAAGUCUGAAUCAAGCACAUACCAGCAAAUAGGAAGAAUGAUGGUAUCUCACGGUGGAACAUGACUUCUGAUUUGAUGCUCUCCCAGGGUGGGAAAGUAACACCUGGCGGCUAUCACAUGCAUGUUAAAUCAGUGAUGGGUGGGUUAUUAUCUUAAUAUUGGCUCCCAGUCAGAGAAUUGUUGCUCUUUAGUAGUACAAUCUCCAGCCUCACUUUAAGAUUACAGCAAUCAAAAUGACAUCAUAAUAGCUUAAGUACACAUAGCUCAGAACAAACCCUUUCCCAUUUUUACUUAUUUUGUAAAAAAAAAAAACUGCAUUAAUGUUGCCUAAAAUAACUUUUUCAAAUAAAAAGCUCCUUAAAGUUGUUAAAAAAAAGUUUUAAAAUACCAUGCCAAGGUGAUACACAUGCUGUGUCUAAAUUCCCUCUAAAAAUGUAAGCAGGUUCAGAGCAUGUAGCAUGUGAAAUGGAUAAGUGACGUAUAUUCAAAAAAGCCUUUGCACUGUUCUGCCACAAUGCAAAUUGUGGCAAAAAAUAAAAUUUGAGGUUAGAAAGGCUUUGGUAGCACCCCAGGGAACAACUGCUGGAUGAAUUGACAUGUCAUUUUGUACAGACACUCGUAUCCUAAUCAGGAUGGAUUGCAGUAACUUUGGACAUCUCUUGAUUUUCAGACUAGCGCCAUCAUCAGAUCAAAAUUUCAAUUUGUCUACACUUACUGUUCAGAUGAUGAUGAACAUAGUUCAACAUUACACAAGCGCAACAUCAGCAUGUUGGCAUGUUGAACUGAGGAUUUGGCUCUAAGCACCACUAUGCUGAAGAUCAAUCUCACAGAGAUGCUAGCAUGGCUAUAGACAUCCAUACUGUUUGCAAAAGCAGCACACCACCACAAUAAUACUGUAUGCAAGUAGAAUGGGAUUGGUACACACUGAUGUUACAUUUUAGAAGCAAAAUGCAGAUUUAAUAUAUACAGUAUUUAAGGUUUAGUAUGACAUGAGUUUUCUAAGAUCUUCUAUCUACUGGUCUGUGAAACUGGCUCACCACAAAGUUAAUUUCCCACCCUGGUGUCCUCAAGGAUCAGGAUGUUGGUUGUCAGAUUUGCUACUUCUCUAGCUAUUGAGAUGAACGGUAAUUAACGUAAUAUAACCUACAAGUGGAGACAUUUUCAACAUUGCUAACAACUUAGCAUAUGCUAUUAGCGAGCUGAAAUGUAGAAUGUAACUGAUUGAAGUAUUAGAGCAGGUGGUUAAAAGAAAAUGUUGGGAUGGGGCUUUGGCUUGAGUAUUGAGAAAUGCUGAACCUUGAAUCUGAUCAUAGCUUAGUUCAAGGCAUCACAUUGUUUUUUUUGACAUUUUGGGUUCUAGUUGAUGUCCUGUUUGGAGCCCAAUAGUUGUCUUCAGUUGUCCCACUGAAAGGGUGUCAGCAAUUGGAAAAAGAAAUUGUGUAAUUAAAUGUUUAAAUCUGUAGGAGCUGAAUAUAGUAACAAAAUGUCUAAAAAGCCAUUUUACAUCUGCGCACAAUCUUAUGGAAUUUAACCCGCUCUAAAAUGAUAUUCAGCGCAAAAAGCUGCAUUGUGUGCAUUUUGAAAUUUGAAAACUUGUCAAUUAAGGCAGGUAUAUUUAAAAAGAAAAAAAAAAAAAAAAAAAAAGUUCCCUUAAUUUCCAUUGACUUACAAUGCUCUUAGUGGUAGUUGCUUUUUCUUCCAAUUUACCAUUGCAUUGUUUUUUUUUUGUAAUGUUUUGUUUGCUAUAAACACUGGAUAGAUUGAAUCACAGUUGACUUCAUGAAAGGAUGAGAAACCAUGAAGUGUCUGGUGAAACACUUCAUCCUCGCAAUAUUUAGACUUUUAAAGCAGCAGUCACGUAACAGUAGAUUUUCCCAGUUACAGAUUAUACAAAUGCAUUUCUUUAAAUUCCAGCAUCUCAGCAGUGUCGAGGCUUCAAGACUAGUGUGCUGUUCUGGACACAUUUCAUUCUCUGUAGUAGAAGAGGAUAUUUUCAACCACAAAAGCGGUUAGCUGAUGCAUGUGGAAACUCUUGUAGUCAUAGGGGCGACUGUCACGUGAUUCGU